GAAGAAUAAUUUGAUCAGCACAAUUGAGCCAGGGGCCUUCUAUGGGCUUUCAGAACUGAAGCGCCUGGAUCUUUCAAAUAACAGAAUUGGUUGCCUAACACCAGAAAUGUUUGUCGGGCUUAACAAUCUUCACAAACUGAAUUUGUCAGGGAAUAUUUUUUCAAGUCUCAUGAAUGGACUUUUUUCUGAGCUGCUAGCUCUGAAAGCCCUACAUUUCAACACUGAUUCACUGAUUUGUGACUGUAACCUAAAGUGGGUCUUGCAAUGGGCCAGAAAUGCUUCAGUCCGAAUAGCAGAGGAAACAGUUUGUGCUUACCCCAGUGCUUUACAUGGACUGUCACUUUAUAACCUGAAGGAAAACCAGCUGAUAUGUGCCGGGCCUCUGGAACUUCCUCUCUUCGAGCUGAUCCCAUCACAACGACAGGUGGUUUUCCAUGGGGACCGCUUGCCUUUUCAGUGUACUGCAACCUACGUGGACAACACCACCCAAGUGCACUGGUACCACGCGGGGCGCCUGGUGGAAACCGACGAACAGAGCGGCGUCUUCGUGGAGGACAGCAUCAUUCACGACUGCUGCUUGAUUACACGGUAACACACACCUCUCCUGGUAGCCAGGCUUGCAGGCAAGGGGAGCAGAUUGGACACUUGCAGCGAGCCUCAGGAAAAAGUGCGUCAGGAGUUAUUUAAUUUGAAGCAAUUCAAUUGCGUGCUUGAACCUGAGCACAGAGGUAGAGGAUUUUCAUGGCUACGAUUGGCUGUGGUUCCAAAUUGUACUUUGUGUAAGUGUCUACAUUUGAUCAUAUAUGGUUUGAAAUGGAUAAAAAUGGUUUGUUAUGCAGUAAACCAUGAGAAGAAACAUGAAAAAACAAGAAAAGCUUCUGUAGCAUAUGAGAGUGACUUACAGGCCAGCUGCUUCUUCAUGGAACCAUCUAGAAGUCUGAGUGAUGGACCUAUGAAGAACUCUUAAUUGAAAAGGCUUGGAUUAGUUUUUGUAGGUUCCAAUAUGCUAUAUCCUAUAUUCAUUAGUUAAGUAAUCUUUUUGUUUCUUAUUAAAUAUUUUCCAAUUUUCUGUGACUUUUACCAUCUCUGUGCCUUUGUGCUUGAGAGAUACAGAGAUCUACAGAUGCACUUGCUGAUGUGAAAAGUGCAAGAGGAAUGAAGUAGAGUAGGCUUAUAGAAAGGAAGCAGAAACGAAUUAUUUGGCAGUGACUGUAAUGUUCCAGUUUUGCUUCAGUUUUCCUGUUAAACAUUAUUUAAUAAAUUAUAAAUUUCAGUGUUUAUUUUUGGGUUUCAUCACAGAGUAUUGGCUUGUCACUAAAAGCUGCUAAGUUGUUGCACACAUCCUUUUGUCCUCUGCCAGUUUCCAUCAUUGAUCAAAAAGAGAGUCUGAUUCUGUGUGCAUGUUCUGCCUUUCUCUUUGUAGAAGAUGGAGUGAAAAUAGCUAUGCUAAUUAGCUCUGGAUAAUCAUUAACAUCUUUUCACUCAAACAGUUUCUAUUAAUAUAAUUGACCUGAAAUGCUUCUUGAACUAUCAAAUAGAAGUUGUGAAGGAAGUCAAAUUAAAUCCUGUCCACUGGGGACUUUUGGCUUUAUUAAUUUCAUCUACCCACUGAUUAUUUGACCCCUUUUGGAGUCCUGUAGAUCUAGAGGCACAGAUCUGACCCAUCCUCACAGCUACUGGCUUUCUUCUGAUAUCAAUGAAAAGGACUAUUAGACCAAUUAGUACAGUAAUGCCAAGUGCAUGAGCUAUUAUAUAACUGCCGAGUCACUUAAAUUAAAGCACGAUCUUCCUAUUUCCAUUAUAUCAAAAUUAAAAGACAUGCUGUUAAUCACCUCAUUAUGUUUUCCAACUGAAUUAUAUUUUGCACUGUUUAAGCAAUUUGUAAAGCAUAGCAAUAAACUAAAAUAGUCUAAAAUAGUUUUUGAAAUUGCUAUCCCUUUUAAAAAGCUGUAAGUAGCUUGAUUGAUUUUUUACCUUACAUUGCUUCUUUUUUUCUAGACUGUAAAAUAAAAACCAUUGUCUUGCAUAGCAUAUUUUAAUAAGGAUGGUUGAUCUCCUGCCUACCUCGUUUGCCCACUGUGCCAUUUAAUAGGUGACCUUGAUGCUGAUGGUGCAGUAUGCCCGGGAAUGUGCAGUAUGCACAUCUAUUCAGAAAAAAUGUUCUUUAAAUACACCAUCACUUUUACUGUUACAGACUGGAAAAAUACUCUGACUUGCCCAAGUUAUGCGAUACAGACUGUUAAAAUAAGACCAAAUAUUCUUGAAUAAAAUUCAAAGUGCUUAAACAGCUGUUUAAAAGCAUGCAACAUUUUAAUUCCUCACUUACAUGGCACUUCAUAAGAUAGAAGGGCAUCAACACGGCAUUUACCAUAGAGCAUAGUCCUUAUCCAGCCAAAAAUGUUAAUACUCCAGCAGCUGUGCCUCUGCCUUGAUCUAGGUGCUGAUCAGAAUUAACUUAGUAAAGACAUACUUUAGAAACUAUUGUAAAAACUGUAGUACUUUGAAGUAAUUUUUUUUUAAACACAAAGACGUGUAUUGUUAAAAAUAAGAAAAGAUUGGCAGUGUUGUGGCUGUUAAAAUUAUCUUCAGCAUUUCUUAAUUUUAAUCCCAUCUUUAUGACUAUGUACAUUAUAAUUUAUAUAAUCAUUAUCAUAACAAAAUAAUAUGUAAUAGCAUGCUUGUUACAUGAUACAAUAGCACAUAUUAGUAUGCUUGUUACAUGCUGUUACACACUAAUUUGUGAUAGUUCUUAAGGCUAAACCAUGGUUGUACAAGGCACAGAAACAUCAGAAAGACUGUGCCUCCCUGAGGCUAUCAAAUGUUAAGUAUAUGAUUUGGACUAAAAAUAAAGGUAACCUGAAAUCAGUUCUUACAGUAUCACAUUUUGCCUUUGCAUACCUAGUCUUUACAGCAAAUGUCCCCUGUCUGUGGCUUUCUGUAAUUGCUCUAAAGGACAGACUUUGGCCUGUGCUACUUAGCAAUUUAAAGAUUUCUAUAGCUGGUUUUGAACAAAGAGGUGUAGUCAUGCUCCAAAAGCUGCUUAUUCAAACAUUUUUAGGUGGUUAUUUUAUUGGGUAGUUCCAGAUAUUUCUGGACAUGGAUUUACAACACAAAUAUCAUGCUAAGCCCUUCUGUUUUAUUAACUGGCACGGUAGAAGGAUAAAAUAUCCAAAUGUGUAUUUUUUGUCUCCUAUGAUAAAG